AAUAUUCAAUCAAAUCACCUCAUUAUUUUUAGAUAUUAGUAAUUAAGAUUUUAUAAUAAAUAAGUAGAAAAUAAUUAAUAAUAAAUAAAAUUAACUUAUCUAUUAAUAUUAGAAAUAGCUUUACCAAAAAUGCAAUAAUCUUAGAGCUCUUACAUUCCAUAAACACAUCAAAGUUUAUCUUAACUUUAAACUUAAUUCGGUAUUAUUAGUUCUUCUCCUAAUUCAGGUUUAGGGUAACUUUCUACUGAUAUAGUGAAACCUACAACAGUUUACACAUAUUCUGGAACAAGUAAUGGAGGAGUAGUUUAAUUCAAUGAAUCAAAUUCAAUAUUACCUCAAACAAAUAUUUACAGCUCUUUUGAUCCAUCUCUUAAUAAGCAAGUAACUGUAACUACAACAACAGUGACUUAGCAUAAAAGAACACCAAGCUAAAAUUCUAUUUAGCAAAGUAAGAGUAGCAUUCCUGAAUACAAUCCAUACCAAUAUGCAGUUUAACAAGUAGCUCAAUAGCCAUUAGAAGAAGAAAAAGUUAAAAAAACAAACAACAAAAACGGUGGAGAUUCAGAUAGUUCUGAUGAUGAAUAAAAGGAAGUAACUGAAUUAAAAUUCAGCAAAAAAGUAUGGAAAAAAUCUUAUAUUUUGCUUGCUUAGAAGAUAAUAGAAGACCUAAAUAACAAGCUAACUCUUAAAGAUGCUCACAUCUCUUAGCUUAUCAAGGCAACUGACUUGAAAGACUAACAAAUAUAAUAAUUGAGCAUUGAAAUUAAUUAAAUUCGUCAACAAAACGGAUAUUCUGUUAACGUGGUUAGUUAAAAUUCUCAACAAUACUUAGCUUUGCAAGCCUAGUUUGAGGAUUUACUAAGAAAGUGUGAAGAGUUUGAAUAAGACAAUAGAUAACUUGCUUAAAUUGUUCAACACAAGGAAGAAGAAAAGUAUGAUUUGUUGAAUAAUAUUUUCCUUUUGACUGCUUAAUUAGAGGCUUAAUCAUCAGCAGGCAAAUUUUAGACAGUCGUUUUGUAAUCAAACUUCUCUGCAGAAGCUGAAGUAUGGAAAUAAAAAUGUGGAUAACUUGAGGCAGAAAUGUAAUAGUUGAGGCUUUCAUAAAGCAAUCAGGUUAACUAUUAAGUGGAAAUUAUAAAUAUGCAGUUAAAGGAUAGAAACAACGAAAUCGAGCGUCUAAAAUAGCAACUUGCUUAAAUUCAAAAUAAUUCUGAGAAUUAAAUCAGACUUGAGAUUGAAAAUAAGAGUUUGCAGUCUUAGAUUUAAACUUUAAAUGCUUAGAUUUCUUCUUUGAACAUUCAAAUUCAAUAGAUUUAAGGGUCCUCGAUUGAACUACAAAGCUCUAUGCUUAAAAUUAAUACUUUAGAAUUAAAAAUAAAGGAUUAUGAAACCUAAAUUUAAGUAUUGUAAACUUAGAUCAAAUAGUCAGGUGGAAAUAAGUAAAGACUUGAGGAAAUGGAAUAACAGCUCAUCAUUAUGAAUGAUGAACUUCAAAAGAAAUAAUAAGAAAUAAAUGUAUUGAUUGAUAGAUGCAGAAAUCUUGAAAACUAAUUGUCCAAUUUAAAUGAAGUAGAAGGUUUAAAGAGAUCUAAUAAAGAAAAAGAAAGUAAGCUAUAAUAGUAGUAACUAUGGAUGGAGAACGAAAUCAAAAAUAGAGAUGAUAAAAUCCAAGAACUUAUGUAGAAAUGUGCAAAUUAUGAACAAUAAAUUAGCGCUAUGGAGUCUGCAAAGGGUAACACAGGCAUGAUGGAAGCCCAUAUUUAAGAAUUGAACAAUUAAAUUUAUAAUCUUUCUCAAUAAUUAAAGAUAUAAAAUAUGGAUUCAAAUGAUUUAAGAAGUCGCUGUGAUAAUUUAACUAGGUAAUUAAGUGAAGCUGAGGCUAAAUAUUAAAAUAUCUCAGCUUAAUUUUAAGAAAGCGAAUAUAACAAUAAGGUUAUUAUUGGCCAAAAUAAUGACUUGGUCAAUAAAGUAUAAUAACUAGAAUCAUAAUUAUCUUAAUACAAUGUUUAAAUCAACUAAAUUUACCUCUAUGAAACAUAAUAUAAUCAAUUAUAAGGAAAUUAUUUUGAGUUACUUACUUAAUUCGUUCUUAUAUGUUCUGCUUUAGAGUCUUAGUCAGGAAAUAAACAACCUUCAUUUGACAUUAACUAUCUCUAAAAUAAUGAUAUGGAAAUGAAAAUUCUCCGCUAAGAUAACACUGACCUUGCAAAUAAGUGCGUGAUUCUACAAAACUAAAUUAAUUCAAAAGAUUUGGAAACUUAAUAAAUUUUAUUCAAAUUUAACGAAAUUGAAAAGAGUAACAAGAUCAUAAUUGACUAAAAUUCAGAUCUUUAACGCCAACUCAGAGAAAAAGAUUCUGAAAUAUUAGUCUUAAAAACAAACUAAACAAGCUCAAUUUAAUUGAUCACUCUCUAGCAAGAAGUUAGUGAAUGGAAAGCCAAGUAUGAAUAAUCGAAAAAUGAUAUCUUAAUUGUAGCUGAAAAUGUAGAAAGAUUAAAAGGUUUCUUAAAUGAAAAAGAUCAAGAAAUGAUUUAAUGGAGGAACAAGGCUAACUAAUAAACCUUUUUGGAAGGAGAAAACUCAAGACUAAGAAUUCAAGUUUAGAAUUUAGAAGAAGAAAUCAAUAUGCUAAAGAGAACAGAUAGAAUAUCAGCUCCUGAUAAUAAUCAUUAGCUUAUUUUACAAUUGAGCCAAAGGGAUUCAGAAUUAGAAGAGCACAAAAAAAGACUCGCUGCCUAUGCUUUAAAAAAUGCAGAAUUAUAAGGAGAAGUAGAAUUUUUAAAGACUAAAAAAUUAUCAGGUGCUCCUGAUGAUUUAUCAAUUGGUUCUUAAGCUGAUAAAGAUUAACUAAUCCACAAGUACAGAAUUGAAAAUAAGAGGCUUAAUGACGAUUUACAAUAAUUGCAACAAUUAAUUAAGAUCCAAUAGACAGAGAUCAGAUAUCAAAAAGGAGUAAAAGGUUGUGGGUAUGGCUGUAAUUGA